CCCUGCAACCUACCCCUUCAUUUGACCCUCAGGCUGACAGCAGGACCUGACACCUUGGCAGACAGUGAGUUGGCUGUUGGAGUGAUCUUCUUGUCACAGACUGUGGUAGGAAUUCUGGGCAACUUCUAUCUCCUCCACCAUUAUCUGUUGUUUCACUUCAGGGGGUGCAGGUUAAGGUCCACAGACUGGAUUCUGAUGCACUUGACUAUAGCCAACAUCUUAAGUCUGUCCUGUACAGGGAUACCCCAGAUAAUAGCUGCAUUUGGAUGGAAAGACUUCCUCAAUGAUUUUGGAUGCAAAGGGCUUUUCUAUCUCCACAGAGUAGGUAAAGGUGUGUCCAUAGGCAGCACUAGCUUCCUGAGUGUCUUCCAGGCCAUCACCAUCAGCCCAAGGGGCUCCAGGUGGGCAGAGCUUAAAGGAGGAACACACAAAUACAUUGGGUCUUCUGUGUGCCUGAGCUGGAUCCUGUACAUAUUUGCCAGUAGUUUUAAUCUUGUGUAUGUGAGAGAAAAAUACAGCAAGAACAACACAGCAAACCUAAAAGAUCUGGGAUACUGUGCUUCUGAUAAUCUUGAUAAAACCAGUGAUGUAUUGUACAUAACUUUCCUGUCAGUUCCUGAUUUUCUCUUUGUGGGGCUCAUGGUCUGGGCCAGUGCCUACAUGGUCCUCAUCCUGCACACACACAAGCAGAGGAUGCAACACAUGCCCAGGUCUAAGGUCUCCUCCAGGUCUUCCCCUGUGUCCAGAGCCACCAAAGCUGUCCUUCUCCUGGUGAGCACCUUUGUAUUCUUUUACACAUUGUCCUGCAUAUUUAUCAUCUGUUUAGCUCUUUUUCUUAAUCUCAGUUGGCUCCUGGUGAGUGUGUCUGUAUUAGUUGCUGGAUGUUUCCCAACUGUCAGCCCCUUCUUGCUCAUGAGCCAUUUCUCCAGUACAUCCUGUUGUCUGCUUUCUCUGAAAAGGAAAUAAAAUAUGAUGAUAAAAAAAUAACUAUUUUAAGACAAACAAAUAAAUUGAAAAUUUUGCACAAUUUGAUUGCAUAUGUGGUCAUAUCCACACAAUUAUAUGUGAAGCAUAACAUACAUAUAAUAACAAUAUAGACGGUUUCUUCAAACUACUCUGUUAACUGUGCAUAUUUUCAUACAAAUAUAUGAAUGUGUUUAUAUACACAUACCUAUGAACAUGCACUUACUCAGAUAAUAUUCUUUAUCUGUCUCACAGUAGUUCAAAAUAUUUAGUGCAACUCAUAUAAAUUUGAGAGUGAACAUACAUUUUAUGUUUUAGUCUUUUAUUGCAGAUAAUCCGCAGAUAGUGAUAAAGGGACUAUUAAUUUAGAAAUUAUGUUGGGGAGAACAACUCACUAAACAGGAUAAAGCAAAGUCAUGGCAGAGUCCUAGAAGGCUGAGGUCCUGUCCCAUGCAGCACCGGUCACCUGACUCAGUCUGCACCAUCAGAGCCCACGAGCAAAAGAAGAGACUGAGGCAUAGGUGUUCCUGAGGU